UUUGGCUGCAUAAGUGAGACUUUGAGAAUUGUCCAUAAGGAAUGUUCCUGCUCGAUUCACAUUUAUAGCAGCUAGCGAUAUAAUAUUAGCCAAGUUUCAGUUUACAUAUAUUCCAGCAACAGAGUUCUUGUGUUUCCUUAACUUGGGGAUUUUGUGGAUUCUGGUAUUGUACUAAUUGUGAUUGUGAUGGGAGGUAGAAGCUCCAAAGAGUCGAGUCCUAGGUUUUCCCAUAGCGGUUCAACUACUUCUUCUUCCUCAUGGAAUCAGUACCCGGAAUCCGUACCAUAUGCUCAGCAAGGCCCGUAUGUUACUACACCUCAGCAUCACUAUGCACCCUCCUCACAACUGCCAAAGAGGAGACUAGACAGGAGAUUCUCACAGAUAGCCGACGAUUAUCGCUCCUUGGAUGAGGUUACUAAUGCUCUUGCACAAGCUGGCUUAGAGUCUUCUAAUCUGAUUGUUGGCAUUGAUUUCACAAAGAGCAAUGAUUGGACAGGUUCAAGGUCAUUUGGUCGGAAAAGCUUGCAUCACAUGGGAACUAGUCAAAAUCCUUAUGAACAAGCAAUAUCGAUUAUUGGGAAGACAUUGUCCGCUUUUGAUGAAGAUAAUCUAAUUCCAUGCUACGGAUUUGGAGAUGCAUCUACACACGAUCAAGAUGUUUUCAGCUUCUAUCCAGAUGACUGCGUUUGUACUGGAUUCGAGGAAGUGUUAACACGAUAUAGAGAAAUCGUUCCAGCUCUUCGGCUUGCAGGACCUACGUCUUUUGCACCCAUCAUUGAGAUGGCAAUGACAAUUGUUGAGCAAAGUGGAGGCCAAUACCAUGUUUUGCUGAUCAUUGCCGAUGGUCAGGUGACGAGAAGUAUUGAUACACAACAUGGCCAACUCAGUCCACAAGAACAAAGGACUAUUAACGCAAUUGUAAGAGCAAGCAACUACCCCUUGUCUAUAGUACUAGUCGGGGUCGGAGAUGGACCCUGGGAUCUGAUGAAGGAAUUCGAUGACAACUUACCUUCUCGCGCAUUUGAUAACUUGCAGUUUGUGAAUUUUACAGAAAUCAUGUCAAAAAAUGUGGAUGUAAAGAGAAGGCAAACAGAAUUUGCUCUUUCAGCCUUGAUGGAAAUACCUUCUCAGUAUAAGGCCACCAUAGCGCUAGACCUACUGGGAGUACGAAAUGGGAAUUCCCCAAACAGAAUUCCUCUUCCCCCACCUGCUUCAGUCUCUUCUGUUAGAAACAACACAACACCUUAUACCGGAUACGGCUCAAGCAGUUUUCAGCAGCGAACAGCUCCUCAUGAAACUGGAUAUGAUGCAGGAGUCAGUUCCCCUCCUUAUUCGACAUAUGAUAAUCAGGUUUGCCCCAUCUGUCUUACUAAUCCGAAAGACAUGGCCUUCGGUUGUGGACAUCAGACUUGCUGUGACUGUGGAGAAUACCUCCAAGCAUGCCCCAUUUGCCGGAGUUCAAUAGAAACUAGAAUAAAACUCUUCUAGUCCGAACUCUCCCUUUUUUAAUUUUUUUUUGAAAUCCUAGUCCGAACUCUCCUCUUAUGUAGCCAAGAUUUUUGGUGCUUGUAUAUUGUGAGUAAUGCCUCAGUUGAGUGAUAGCUGGAUCAAAUGCUCAUGACAUCAGAAAGUAUGAUGCAUCCGAGUAAUCUACACUGUUGUUUGAUGUGUUUCCUGAUAUUGGAAGUAUAGGAGUAUGGUAGUUAUCUUGUAGAUGAAGUUUAGCAUGAUGGUGUGUGAUUGUGAAGCAUGUGCUUCACUGUAGCAGCAUUGUAAUGCUGCAGCUCACUGUUGCAGCAUGGUGAGCAUGGUGAUGAUUGGAGGUAUGGCUAUAUGGUAUGGCUGUGUUCAAUGAAGUAUGGUGUUGGAAGUGGAAGCAUGGUCAUGUCCUUUGAAAGUAUGGCUGGAGUUAUGUCUAUUGUCCUCAGGAUUUCCAGCCUUACAUCAUUGUACAAUUUACAUGUAUAACUUGUCUUUGUGUGUUCUCUCUGUCAGAUAAUAGUGUCAUUUGUUAGCUUUGUUUCUUUAGUCUAAGAAUAGUUUUGUACAAGAUGUAAAGGUGACGAUGAAGUGUGUUUCAUCACUCAGACACUCAACUCAAACUUCUCCUAUAUAUAGUAUAGGUCUUCCGCAUUCUUUGUAUUUAGAUUUUUUACACCUGAAGAAACUGAGCUUGUUGAAGGUUUAAGCU